AUGCCUCCCCUACAACUGCCACCAAAUCUGAAAUUCGGCCCCUUUUCAGUAGCUGCACAGGUCUUCCACCUCUCGCCUUCUCGCCUGUCUUACGGCCUGGUCAACCUCAAACCCCUGCUGCCGGGCCACAUCUUGAUCUGCCCGGUACGCUGUGUCCCCCGGCUCACGCAGCUCACGGCGCCCGAAACCGCCGAUCUGUUCAAUACGGUCCGGCUGGUGACGCUGACCCUUCAACGGGUGUACCACGCCACCUCUUUCAACGUCGCGGUCCAGGACGGCGUCGAUGCAGGCCAGUCCGUGCCGCAUGUCCACGUCCAUGUGAUUCCGCGCCAGAGAGGAGAUUACGACCACAAGGGUGGUGGCGACAGGGUUUACGACGAUAUGGACGGAGAGGAAGGGGACCUGGGCAAAGCUUUCCUCGAGAUGCAGAGGUUGAGAGACGAAAGGGUAAAGUCCGGAAGGGAGGCGUUGGGUGGGCCAGACAGUACGAGGGAACCCAGAAGUGAGGAGGAGAUGAGGAGGGAGGCGGACUGGCUGAGGGAGGAGAUCUGGAAGGAUCGUGCACAAGCACAGGAUGGGGAAUGA